CUUCCCCAGACCUCACCCCAACAACCGCCUGCCGGUAGCCUACCAGCCAACUCUCCCUACAAACAUCCAACUCCGCCACGUUAUUAAACCCCCAGGAAACUUACUGACAUGCAAUAAGAAACCCCUUAAAGAUUAGAAACAAUGUCUGCCGUACAGUUUACUACCCUCAUACGCCUCCCAUUCGCGCGAGGCGACUUCGUCGAUCCGCCGCAGGCGGACUGGAACGCAGCAAAAGACCGCGCGCUAUGGAAAGUCAUCUCCAAGUCCCCCAAAACAAGUGAUCUCAACUGGGCUGAACUCGCAGUACGAUUUCAGGUCCCGCCGGCUUUCUUGCUACAGCAGGCGGCCUGGCUUUAUGAGCGGCAUCUUGAGCAUGUGAGGAGUCAGAUGAAGAAGGUUGGGGGAGGCGGCGGUGGUGCGAGUAUGCCGUCGAAUUCCGGUUCUGCUGUUCCUGGAGGCAUACCGAUGCAGAGGCUUGGAAGCGCGGGCUCGAGAGCUUCAAGGACUCCGUCGGCGUUGUCGGUACGGCCGAGGGAUAGUCCUGUUGCUAGAGGGGAUGCUAGUAUCUAUGUAUCGUCGGGACCUCCGCCAGCACCUCCACUGUCUCGAACGCCGUCAACCAACACCAUCACCCAAUCGAAGGCAACAUCCCAGCAGAUCCCGCUCCGGACGCAGUCUCAACGCACUGCUCGGCCUUCCAUCACCAGCCCGCGACCUACGGCGCCUAUUCGAACUAACUCCCAGAAUCAAGCAGACUCCCAGGACAUAGGUACUGUAUCUGUUGCGGCGUCAUCAUCUUCAAGUUCAUCAAGUUCCGACUCGGACGACCUGGACAACCCUGCACAUCGCAGCCAGCUGUUCAAGCGCCCUCCACGAUUUCAGAAGCAGCGUCCGCGCGAGCUCUCUGCGUACGACGAGGAGCCCGAAGACGACGUCGAUGACUUCGCGCAGAGCGGAGACGGAUCAUUGCCCUUCGCCCAAGGUCCGAAGGAUGCCGGCCCGGCUGGCAAAAGGAGGCAUGCGCCCCAUCAUCAACCUACCAGCGACAAGUCCAGGCAAGCCGCGGGAUCCAGUAAAUAUCCAAAGUCCAUGGACGCCAGCUCGUCACUCGCCAGUUCCGCCAGCGAUGCCCCGAGGCCAUCUACUGCUGGACAUGGUCCCCUGAGUCCCAGACACAGGGCCGAGCUUGCGAGACUGAGUCCGCGUGGGAGGGGCAAACGAGAGGGCAGUGAUGGCACUCCUAGUAUGGGUAGCAGUUUCAGCGAUAUAGAUGAUGCUGGAAUUAGCCAAUCGGCGCUUGAGGAGGCUUUGCUGAGCAACAUACAGCAUGGUAGAAUGAGUACGCUCAGUCAGUUGAGGUCGAGGUACUUGUAACUAAACUGGCGGCAAUCUCGGUGUACGCCAGGGCUAGGGUAGAGUAGAUAGCACAUCAGUGUACACUGACUUCGAAAUGAAAGGAAACUCAUAGACCAGUAUAGACUCAUCAAACCGUAAUCUCAUCUGUCUCGCGACGAAGUGAAGUCAAGUCUUGGCAUCA